UAUGAUAAAGAUGAAGAGUUCCAUACAACAACAAACAAACUCCAUGAAAAAGAAAUUGAACUAAUCCCAACUUCACAUUAAACCUCCACGCCGGCGGCCUCAAAGAGACAAAUCCCAUCACUCUCAACGGAGCUCGUGAGUAUCGAAUCGGAUCGGCAUUAAGUAAUUUGUCAUUUCCUUUAACAGGGAGCCUCGAAACGGCCAACAAAUCCCAAUUCCCAUUUAUUUAUACACAAACCUCUCGAUUCUAAAUCCCAUUAGAAUCAAAUCAAACCUGGUUGUUUUUUAGAAAAAUAAAAAUGGGGGAUUGGGCCCCUGUUCUAAUAGCUGUUAUACUGUUCGUAGUUCUUAGCCCCGGCGUUCUGUUUCAGCUUCCUGGAAAUGACAGAGUUGUGCAGUUCAUCAACAUGCAAACCAGUGCCAUCUCCGUCUUCGUUCACUCCAUCUUUUUCUUUGGCCUCAUCACUAUCUUUGUCAUCGCCAUUGACGUCCAUAUUUCCUCUGGAUAAAAGUUAAAACUAACCCCCCUCCCCCAUCUUCUCUCUGUUUUCUUUAAAAUCCUCUGUUUUUUGUUCUUCUUGUUCCUUUUUUUUCCUCUCCAUCAAUUCUUCCUAGUCGUUGUGUAUUUUUCAGUUUAACAAUUAUAGCAGGGAUAGGCGAUCAAACUCUCCAUUUCUAAGAUGAUAAUGUCAAUUACUCUUAAGCUAAGCUUAUUUUAGUUAUUUACUAAAAACAUUUGCUGCUCAGAGAGUUGUACAAUAAAAAUUUGUAGUAUGUCAAUCUAUUACAAACUUUAUUUGUUCUUACCUUUUUACUAUUAAGAAAAAUGAUGUGCAUGAAGUUAGAUC